GUGGCAUUUAGGUUAGGAUUUUUAAUGUUUACUUGAAUCGCAAUUUUAUACGAAAAAUUUAAGUUUCACAAUAUGUGGUCGUUUUUCUCUCGCGAUCCCUCGAAAGACUUUAACUUCGAAAUCGGCGAGCCAGUAGGCAGACUACACGAAAAAAGCGUAUGGUCGUUGCAUAAAGGCAAAAAGAAGGGCUCAAAUGAAGAAGUGUCGGUGUUUGUGUUUGAUAUUAAAAAUUCUAGUGAGGCACAAUUAGAGAUUGCAAAGUCUUCAAUUAAGAGGUUGAAGACCUUACGACAUCCCAGUGUCCUAACUUACAUAGAUAGCUUGGAAUCUGAUAAAUUUUUGUAUUUAGCCACUGAAUAUGUCGAAACAUUGUUCGAUCAUCUCGAAAAAUUGCCCCUGGAGGGCCCCCAGAGGGAUUUAUACGUAGCCUGGGGCAUUUUUCAAAUAACUAGAGCUUUAUCCUUCCUUAAUAACGAUGGUAACUUGAGACACAAUAAUGUCAACAUUUGGUCUGUGUUUGUAAACUCCUCUGGCGAAUGGAAGUUGGGAGGGGUAGAGUAUGUUUCUAGUGUGCAAGACCCCCCUCCCAUGUACCGCAUAUUGCCCGGCUCGGAAGUGUAUGACCCCCCUGAGAAAAAUGACAACAACAAGCUGAAAAUGACCACUAAAUGUUCAAUUGAUAUGUGGGGUCUUGGGUGUCUUAUUUGGGAGGUUUUCAAUGACCCUGCUCAGUCUCAAGCAUCAUUUAAGGUUCUAAACAAGGUUCCGAAACAAUUGGGCCCCCUUUAUUAUGAGCUGGUGGGCACCAACCCAGCUUCGAGGCCCAACCCUGCCGAUAUAAUAACGCGCUGUCGCAAACUGGGUGGCUACUUUAAGAACGAUCUGGUCGAUACACUUUUGUUUCUCGAAGAGAUCCAGAUCAAGGAUAAGAACGAGAAAAAUCGCUUUUUCUCGAACCUCACGCCGCACCUGGACAAUUUUCCCGAUAACGUUUGCAAGCACAAAAUAUUGCCGCAGCUUAUAACCGCUUUCGAGUAUGGAGACGCCGGUAGCGCCGUCUUAUCACCAAUGUUUAAGCUGGGUAGACUACUAGAUGAAGCUGAGUACCAAAAAAAAAUCGUGCCGUGCGUAGUCAAGCUGUUCAGUAGUAACGAUAGGGCCACUAGAUCUAGACUUUUACAGCAACUCGAAUAUUUUAUUGGUCAUUUGCAAUCUGGAACUGUAAACGAUCAGAUCUUUCCGCAAGUGGCUCAUGGCUUUAUGGACACCAAUCCCACAAUUAGAGAACAAACUGUUAAAUCUGUUAUCCACUUGGCAUCCAAGCUAAACUACAACAAUCUAAACAUUGAAGUACUUCGACAUUUCGCCAGAUUGCAGUCGAAAGACGAGCAAGGCGGCAUUAGAACCAACACUACAGUGUGUUUGGGCAAAAUAGCGCAACAUUUGCACCCGCAGAUGCGCCAAAAAGUUUUGAUUUCCGCCUUUAUUAGAGCCAUGAGGGACCCCUUUCCGCCUGCCAGAAACGCCGGUAUUCUGGCGUUAGCUGCGACUCAACAGUAUUAUUUGCUGAGCGAGGUGUCCACUAGAAUUUUGCCAGUACUUUGCCAUUUAACAAUGGACCCUGAGAAGAGUGUCAGGGACUCAGUUUUCAGGACCCUUAAGGGCUUCAUAGGGAAGCUUGAGAAGGUUUCUGAGGACCCUAGUUUGAGAGAGAGUAUGGAGGCCGACGUAAACACUGCCACUCCGAGCCUAAGUAACGCUGCUGCCACCUGGGCAGGUUGGGCCGUAACGGCGGUGACUGCCAAAUUUUACAGAAGUCAAUCGGACACCGUGAAAUCCAUGAAUCCAAUGGCCAAUAAGAUGCUUACUAAACCGGGGUCUUUGGAACAACCUUCUAGCAGUAGUAUUUCCACUACUACUUCUAGUGUAACCUCCAUGACUUCUCUGGAACAUGAGGACGGAAGCAAAGGGAAUGAUUCCGUGUCUGAUUAUGAUUAUGAUCAAUGGGGGGAUAAUGAGAAUUGGGGGGAUAUGGAGACCGGAGGUCACGUGGUGAGCACAAGCGGCAGCAACAGUGGCGGAGGCGCCGGUCAUUCCAGCGACCCCACGAGCCCGCCCUCCGGAUCCGGCGGCACUGCCAGAGUGACGGACGGCUGGGACAACGAGGAGUGGGGCAGUCUGGAGGAGGAAGCCGAAGCCGACUUAACGUCGCCGUCUGAAGCUUGGAGUCCCACGGAUACGACGCCGAUAAUUCCCAUAGAGAAGAACAAUAGAGCCGACCAGAACUGGGGUCAAGACCAAAACAAUAAGUCUACAAAUAAUUGGGACGACAAUGAUUUUGAACCUUUAGAAGAAAAUCCAGGAGGAGGCACGAAUCCGAAGCUGGAAGAGGCGCGCAAAAAACGCGAGGAGCGCAAGCUGAUGCGCCAAAAGGAGCUGGAGGCGCGUCGAGCUAGCCGCGGACCCGCCAGCGGGCCAAUGAAACUGGGCGCCAAAAAACUGUAGCCCAGCAAUCAACGCUUGCAGGGCAAAUCGAAAAUCCACUCGAGGCAUCAUUAAACCAGCCUACUACCGUAUCGUAACAAUUGUAUGACGGAGCGGUAAAUGGACACGGUCCGAGAUUACUUAUGUGUUGCUGUUGGAGUCGAAUUAAACGGGAUUUUACCCGCGACAUUUUCGUUUGUGGCAUAUAGCGUCAAAUAUAAGACUAAAUAAGUAUCCAAUUACCAACUUUUUAAUCUUGAUAUUUAAAAUCUUUUUUAAUAUACAUAUUGGUCCCAUAAAUAAAAAGGCACCAAUGGUUUCAUUUAAAACGAAUUUUUUUUUUCUUGCUGACACGUGAAAAUUUUGUUUUUAGGUUUAAAAAAAAAUUCCCUGAAAAUUUG